UCACGCCGGCUAGCUGUCAAUCAAAGAACCGAGCGCUGCAGCUGCUUGGAGGAGCCGAGAGGGUUUUGGCUUCGUUACCUGCUGGAUCAUGGCAGAUGCAGAGAUGCGUCAGAGGUUGCUGCGCACAGUGAAGAAGGAGGUGAAGCAGAUCAUGGAGGAAGCGGUCACCAGGAAGUUUGUACAUGAGGACAGCAGCCACAUUAUCUCCUUCUGUGCUGCAGUGGAAGCCUGCGUGUUGUACGGACUCAGGCGCAGGGCGGCAGGCUUCCUGCGGAGCAACAAGAUCGCUGCCCUCUUCAUGAAGGUGGCGAAGACGUUCCCGCUGGCCGAGCAGCUGUGCAGGAAGGUGCAGGAGCUGGAGCAGCUGAUUGAGAGCAGGAAGGCCCAAGGUGCAGUCCCUCAGGAGAACACACGGAAAUCCCAGAAAGUGCCAAACCUGUCUGCACAGGCCCUCAAGCACCUGUGGAUCCGCACUGCUCUGUUUGAGAAGGUCCUGGACAAGAUCGUGCAGCACCUGGUGGAGAACUGCAGUAAAUACUACGAGAAGGAGGCACUACUGAUGGACCCUGUGGAUGGGCCGAUACUGGGAUCUCUGUUGGUUGGGCCUUGUGCCCUCGAGUACACCAAGAUGAAGACAGCUGAUCAUUUCUGGACAGACCCUUCAGCUGACGAGUUGGUCCAGAGGCAUCGCAUCCACAGCGCGCACUGUCGCCAGGAUUCACCAACCAAACGGCCGGCCUUGUGUAUUCAGAAGAGGCAUUCGAGUGGCAGCAUGGAUGACAGGAUCUCACUCUCUGCCCGUGACUACGUCGAGUCUCUGCACCAGAAUUCCCGAGCGACAUUGCUGUAUGGCAAAAACAACGUCCUGGUUCAGCCGAAAGAUGAUAUGGAGCCCACCCCAGGAUACCUCUCACUCCAUCAGACAGCAGACACGAUGACGUUAAAGUGGACGCCCAACCAGCUGAUGAAUGGCUCUGUGGGAGACCUGGAUUAUGAGAAAAGCGUGUACUGGGACUAUGCCAUGAACAUCCGCCUGGAGGAGAUUGUUUACCUUCACUGUCACCAGCAGAUUGACAGUGGUGGUACAGUGGUCCUGGUGAGUCAAGAUGGCAUUCAGAGACCUCCGCUCCGCUUUCCCAAGGGAGGACAUCUUCUGGCAUUCCUCUCCUGUCUUGAGAACGGCCUCUUGCCUCGUGGGCAGCUGGAUCCUCCUUUGUGGUCACAGCGAGGGAAGGGCAAGGUCUUCCCAAAGUUGCGGAAAAGAAGCCCCCCGGGAUCUGCCGAGUCCAACUCUGACAAGGAGGAGGAGGAGGCGACAGACUACGUUUUCAGAAUCAUCUUCCCAGGCACCAACCCCGAGAUUGUACCGCAGGACUUGAUGGACGUUCAGGGGGGCGGCAUCCCUCUCAUGUGGCAGCCGAAUGUCCGGAAGUCCUCCUGCUCCUCGUGCUCCCAGAGCGGCUCGUCCGACGGCGGGCCAUCCAAUGGCUGCAAUCACGAGAGGACACCUCUGAAGAUGCUUUGCGACAACAUGAAGUACCAGAUCCUCUCCAGAGCAUUCUAUGGAUGGCUCGCCUACUGCAGGCACCUGUCCACUGUGAGGACGCACCUGUCCGCGCUCGUCAACCACACCAUCAUCAGUCCAGUGGCACCCUCCAACGCAGGCUGUGGCCUCACCAGAGAGAUUUGGCACAGCUUCCUCCAGGACAGAAGGAGCUACGAGGAACAGGAGCUGCUGCGACUCAUUUACUAUGGAGGAAUUGAGGCAGAGAUUCGGAAGGAAGUGUGGCCAUUCCUCCUGGGACACUACCAGUUUGGGAUGAACGAUGCGGAGAGGAAAGAGGUGGACGAUCAGAUCCGGAACUGCUAUGAGCAGACCAUGGGGGAGUGGAUGGCUUGUGAGGCCGUGGUCCGCCAACGGGAGAGGGAGUCGCACGCGGCAGCCUUGGCCAAGUGCUCGUCUGCAGUCAGCCUGGACGCGCAGAUCCAGCGGAUGAUGCAUCGGGAUUCCACAGUCAGCACUGAGUCUUCGCAGAGUUGUAGCUCGGACAGGCAGGACCACGCCCGGCUGCAGAGUGAUUCCAGCUCAAGCACACAGGUCUUUGAAUCAGUGGAAGAUACCGAGACGGAGCAAAUUGAGAAGGAAGCUGGGAUCAGCGGCGAUAAGCAGGUAGCAGCCAUUCCAAAUGGCACUGUGCGGAAUGGCCCCUGCUUCCCAGACUCUGGGCACCCAUCCUUGUGCAGUCAUCCCACAACAGCUGGCUAUUCGGAGCACAGCUUCAGCACCGAGGAGGCAAAGCAGCGUGGCCACAGCUCCUCUGCACUGAGGCGCGAGGGGGAGCCAAGAGAGUCAAAUUCAGAGGAAGAACCUCUUCCCCAAGGACUGCCCACCCAAAACUGGCUCCAAGGCGGACUCCGUCUGCAGGAUGAACUAGAAGCAGAUAUUGUGAUGGAUGGAUCUGAAGUUCCUAAGGAAGGUGAAUUACAAAAUGCAAGUCAUGCGUCAGGUGGAUCGGAAAUAGUUCCUGAGGCAGAUGGAUCUGAAGGUAUGCAUGGCAUGUCAAAUGGACUAGGAGUAGUUCCUAAAGUGGAUGGACCAAAAGGUAUGCAUUGUGAAUCUGAUGGACUGGAGAUUAUUCCUACGGCGGAUGGAUCUGAAGUAGUUCCUAUGGCGGAUGGAUAUCAAGUAGUUCCUACAGUGGAUGGAUAUGAAGUAGUUCCUACAGUGGAUGGAUCUGAAGUAGUUCCUACGGCAGAUGGAUCUGAAGUAGUUCGUAUGGAGGAUGGAUCUGAAGUAGUUCCUACGGCAGAUGGAUCUGAAGUAGUUCCUAUGGAGGAUGGAUCUGAAGUAGUUCCUACGGCGGAUGGAUCUGAAGUAGUUCCUAUGGAGGAUGGAUCUGAAGUAGUUCCCAUGGCAGAUGGACUGGAAAUUAUUCCUACGGCGGAUGGAUCUGAAGUAGUUCCUACAGUGGAUAGAUCUGAAGUAGUUCCUACGGCGGAUGGAACUGAAGUAGUUCCUAUGGAGGAUGGAUCUGAAGUAGUUCCUACGGCGGAUGGAUAUGAAGUAGUUCCUAUGGAGGAUGGAUCUGAAGUAGUUCCUACGGUGGAUGGAUCUGAAGUAGUUCCUAAGGUCGACGGAUUAGAAAGUUUGCUCCCUGUGGCAGAUGGAUUGGAAGUAGCUCCUACAGUGGAUGGAUCCAAAGAUGUUCUCUGUGUGUCUGAUGGAUCAGAAAUUGUACCUAUGUCGGAGUCUGUGAGGCAGGAAGCUCCUGGCAGUGAGGGGUUGGGUUUGGAAGGUAGCCUCCCUACAUCCAGAGCUGAAGGGAUGGUGACUGAGGAAGGGCUGCUCGUUGGAGAGGGAACAGAAGGACUCACCCAGGUGCAGAGUGUGGCUGAGAGUAUCGUCCCUGUGGCUUCACCGGUCUCAUCUACUGGAGUGACAUACGCACAAGAACUUCUGGACAUGUACACGGUCAACCUGCACCGGAUAGAGAAAGACGUCCAGCGUUGUGACCGCAACUACUGGUACUUCACGCCCAGCAACCUGGAGAAGCUACGCAACGUCAUGUGCAGUUACAUCUGGCAGCAUUUGGAAAUUGGUUAUGUGCAAGGGAUGUGUGACCUCCUGGCCCCUCUGCUGGUUGUUCUGGACAAUGAGGUCAUGGCAUUCAGCUGUUUCUCGCAGCUGAUGAAGAGAAUGAAUCAGAAUUUUCCGCAUGGUGGGGCCAUGGACACUCACUUUGCCAACAUGCGUUCUCUCAUUCAGAUCCUUGACUCGGAACUCUUUGAGUUGAUGCAUCAGAAUGGGGACUACACCCACUUCUACUUCUGUUACCGAUGGUUCCUGCUGGACUUCAAACGAGAGUUGGUCUAUGAUGACGUGUUUUCGGUCUGGGAGACCAUUUGGGCCGCAAAGUUCACCUCGUCUACACACUUUGUCCUCUUCAUUGCGCUGUCCAUGGUGGAACUUUACCGAGACAUCAUUCUGGAGAAUAACAUGGACUUCACAGACAUCAUCAAGUUCUUCAACGAAAUGGCUGAGCACCACGACGCAAAGCAAGUUCUGAAGCUGGCGCGAGAUCUGGUUUACAAAGUGCAGAAGCUGAUCGAGAAUAAGUGAGGCGGAGGAGGGCGAGGAGCAGCGAGACAACAGCAUCUGGGCAGCACCUCGGUGGUGGGUGAAGCCUUCGAGCCGUCUAAACCUUGUCAUUUGUGGUGUUGCAUUUGUGCUGAGACCUCUGGUUUAGCCACUGUGCGCUUGGGGAGUGACAUUAAAGACUCUGCUCCCUCGUCUCCGUGAGGUCGUGGCUUCACAACUUUUGUACCUCUCUGUUUAAGUUGCUGAGUCUGCCUGUCCAGGGGCCCCAUUCCUGUGUGUGAUCUUCCCUGUGUUUUUUACUCAAUGGCCAGGGGCCAGUGGGAGGUGGAGCACCCACUGUAGGAGGUGAUGUUUUAAACCCAAUGUUUAUGGAGUUUGAUCAGGGGUGACCAUCAAAGCAGAUGGUGCAAAAGAGUUCAACAGGACAGGGAGAUGGACAGUCUGUCAGAGGCCAAGCAGACCAUGUUCGAUGCACAACAACGAUGGAUUGAACUUGAUGCACGAUGUUCUCCUUCCUUGCUCUUAAUAAGUUGCCAUUCACUCGCUGAUGCCCUGCCAUUGUGUGUUUAGGGAUUAUUUCAGUCCAGUGCCAAGAUUCCUACACAGUAGCCAGCGAUAGAUUGAUUGACUGCCAUUCUGUUGCCAACUUGGGCCGUGUACUGUAUUGUGAUCAGCUGCAGGAUUCACUGACUACCACUAGGGGGCGGAAAAUGCCACGUCCAGGGACCUAUGGUGAUUGUUAUUGAGACCAAAUCUGCAGCCUCCAAACCUGUUCUCUCUUCUGUGUUUACAAUUUUCUCCUGGUUUUAAUUGAAAAGUUUCCUGGUUCUUUCAGGACUUUCCUCAGGUCCAAAGCACAAACCUGCUCUUUCAUAUUCUCCCACCAUUUGAACAAUUUGGGUUGGAAUUGCAGUGUUUCAUUUAACAGGUAUAUUACUUCUGAAUCUGGAGGUUGUGAUUUUAAGUUUGAAGCCAUCUUUUGAAUCCAAUCUUUAGCCAGGUCAGAAAAACAAAAUUACUUGGUUACUCUUCAAAAGGAUUGUAAUGAUAGCAGGAUUUAGCCACAACAUAACCGAGUCUUGAGCUCAGUUCCUCGAGUUGACUCUGCCAUUCAGUGAGAACAUCCACUGAUUGUGAGUAUCUUUACUGACUGACCGUCCACAGAUCUCCAACGCAGACGAUUCUAAAGGUCAGAACCUUUUCAUGAAGAAAUUUCACCUCAUCUCAGACUUAAAUAGCUAUCCACCUCUUCAGAACAGGCCUCUUGAUAAUUAUUAAUGUGGUAUCUCUAAGUAAAAGGCAUCCGUUAGUCUUGCAAGACCAUGGAUCUGCACCUGGAAAGUCUUCACUCUCCAGGGCGCAGGCCUGGGCAAGGUUGUAUGGAAGACCAGCAGUUGCCUAUGCUGAAAGUCUCCCCUCUCCACGGCACCAAUGUUGUCCAACGGAAGAGCAUUAGGACCCAUACAUCUCUAAGUAUAUAGUAUAUUUUAAUAAACUUAUCUCCCAUUCUUCUAAAUUACAGAAAAUUUGGGCUCAGCCAGAUUACAGGUAACAUAGCUGGCACGGACUAGUUGUGCCUGGUUCCGCGUUGGUUACCUUGGGCUCUAUACUCAACCUCUCUUGGAAGUUCACCCUUGCAUUCCAGGAAUCAUGGUGAGAAUCCCGGGAGUUAAUCUCCAUCAAUAGGAAAGGAGAGCAAAACUCUGCAUGGUACACCUGUAUCACCUUACACAGGUAAUCCCCAUGCUAACGGGGUUGAGUUCCUAGAAAAUGGGCCGUGUUGCGAUUUUUCAUAACUCAAAUCUACUUCAUCCAUGCAUCCAUCCAGAAAUGUGAUUUGGAAAAAAAAGAGAAUUUAUAUUAAUUUAAUAUUUUUGGACACAAGUUCUGUGACAGUGAAUUUUGGUCCAAAUACUGUGAGAGUAAUUUCCAUAAACUGAGCAUCUAUAAUGUGCGGUUCAUCUGUACAUUUGGAGUAGAAUCUCCUUUCCCUUUUGAUCCAAACCCUUUCAAUAGUGGCUAGUAAACCACUUGUCUUUUUCUUAAUUUGCUCUAAUCUUUGUACAAGUACACUGGGUCCCAUGUUAUGGGUGACUUUAUAGAAUCCCAUUUUACACCAAUUCUCCUGUACAGUUUUCAAGGUGGCAGUGGUGGUCAUAGUCAUACUUUAUUGAUCCCGGGGGAAAUUGGUUUUCGUUACAGUUGCACCAGAAAUAAUAAAUAGUAAUAAAACCAUAAACAAUUAAAUAGUAAUAUGUAAAUUAUGCCAGUAAAUUAUGAAAUAAGUCCAGGACCAGCCUAUUGGCUCAGGGUGUCUGACCCUCCAAGGGAGGAGUUGUAAAGUUUGAUGGCCACAGGCAGGAAUGACUUCCUAUGACGCUCUGUGUUGCAUCUCGGUGGAAUGAGUCUCUGGUUGAAUGUACUCCUGUGCCCACCCAGUACAUUAUGUAGUGGAUGGGAGACAUUGUCCAAGAUGGCAUGCAACUUGGACAGCAUCCUCUUUUCAGACACCACCGUGAGAGAGUCCAGUUCCAUCCCCACAACAUCACUGGCCUUAUGAAUGAGUUUGCUGAUUCUGUUGGUGUCUGCUACCCUCAGCCUGCUGCCCCAGCACACAACAGCAAACAUGAUAGCACUGGCCACCACAGACUCAUAGAACAUCCUCAGCAUCGUCCGGCAGAUGUUAAAGGUUAAUGAAGACUGGAUUACGGUAUAUAAUUAAAUUAUGAGCCAUUUUACAAUGAAUACUUGAUAAAAUGGGACCUGUAGGAGAAAUCAGCAAAUGGACAUUUCUCAGGAACCAAACCUGAGGACUGCCUAUUCAUUCAACUACCGGCACAUCGGUCACUCACCUGAUAGAGGUGGAGCUCCUUCCCUCUUCUUCCAACCGCUCUCCAUUGGCACCUCUCCCCAUUGUGUUUGGAGCCCCUGUUGGCACCUCUCCCCAUUGUGUUUGGAGCCCCUGUUGGCACCUCUCCCCAUUGUGUUUGGAGCCCCCGCUGGCACCUCUCCCCAUUGUGUUUGGAGUCCCUUGGUGCUAAGCUGACCUUUAAGGCCACCCUGCUUGCCCUCAUCCUGGUAACCACAACCAAUUCCAUACACAGUGGAGCUCAAGCUGAUGAUCUGUGCUCCGAGCGAAUGGGGAAGCGAAGGUUACUGCUGAGAAUUGGGAUGGGAUGGUUUGACUGGAAGCAGAUGGGAUGGGGAGAACAGGCAUGAAUGAAUGGUUGAGGUGAUUCCAACAAAAUCUAUUGCAGAGAUUCGGCUUGGACACCCCGACACCCUCUACCAAGGUCCAGGGUGAGUAUGUAGUUACCACAGAUCUUCAGAGUCAUAGAAACAGGCCCUUCGGCCCAUCUCAUCCUUCCUGACCAAGUUCCCCGCCUGAGCCAGUCCCAUUCGCCCUAAUUGGCCCUUAUACCUCUAAACCAGGGGUUCCCAAAUUGGGGUCCACAGACCCCUUGGUCUCUGAUGUAAGAUAGCACACCCAAAAUGCUGGAGGAACUCAGCAGGUCAGGCAGCAUCUAUAGAGGGGAAUAAACAGUUGCUGGUUCGGGCUGAGACCCUUCAUCAGAACUGAAAAGGAAGGGGGAAGAAGCCAGAAUAAGAAGCUGGCAGGUGACAGGUGAGUGGGAUGGUGGGUGAGUGGGGGUGAAGUGAGAAGCUGGCAGAUGACAGGUGAGGGGGAAGAUAGGUGGAUGAUGUUGCAGGAGCAAUACUUCAUAUUCCAUCCAGGUAGCCUCCAACCUGAACAUCAAUUUCUCCAAUUUAUGGCAAUUUCAUCCCCCCACCCCCACCCCUCUCCUCCAUUCCCCAUUCUCGCUCCCUCUCUCCCCUCCUCUUGCACCUCACCUGUCUAUCACGUCCCUCUGCUGCCCUCCACCUCUCUUUCUCCUAUGGUCCACUUUCCUCUCCUAUCAGAUUCCUUCUUCUUUACCUUUUUUGACCCAUCCCCACCCAGCUUCUCAUUUCGUCCUCCCUCGCCACACCUGGCUUCACCUAUCACUUUCCAGCCUGUACUCCUCCUCCCUCCAACUUCCCAUCCUGGCUUCUUCCCCCUUCCUUUCCAGUCCUCGGCCCAGAACGUUGACUGUUUGUUCAUUUCCUGACCUGCUGUUUUCUUGCAGCAUUUUGUGUGUGUUCCUCUAUUUACAUUCCCUGCAUUAGAAAAUCCGAUCAGUCAUAGUCAUACUUUAUUGAUCCCGGGGGAAAUUGGUUUUCGUUACAGUUGCUCCAUGAAUAAUAAAUAGUAAUGGAACCAUAAAUAGUUAAAUAGUAAUGUGUAAAUUAUGCCAGUAAAUUAUGAAAUAAGUCCAGGACAGCCUCUUGGCUCAGGGUGUCUGACCCUCCAAGGAAGGAGUUGUAAAGUUUGAUGGCCACAGGCGGGAAUGACUUCCUAUGACGCUCUGUGUUGCAUCUCGGUGGAAUGAGUCUCUGGCUGAAUGUACUCCGGUGCCCACCCAGUCCAUUAUGUAGUGGAUGGGAGACAUUGUCCAAGAUGGCAUGCAACUUAGACAGCAUCCUCUUUUCAGACACCACCGUGAGAGGGUCCAGUUCCAUCCCCACAACAUCACUGGCCUUACGAAUGAGUGGUGUGGGAUUGAACACACUCCCGUUGGACCAACAGCCACGUCCCCCUGGAGGGAGUGAACUGCACUAUAGCAAGGACCACACUCAGUGACAAUUUUGGGAAGUCAUUGACUAGGAUGACUCCCUAAUCUUUCAACCCUUCUCAUCUCCUCCACUUUCCAACCUUGCACUUGGCCAGGGCUCCAGAGUGAUCCUCAGUGAGAUUUAGAUCCACGGGUCUCAGAACUUCAGAAAUUGCUACUCCAGAGAGAUGAUUCAGCCUCUGGAUACUUACUGAAAACUGAAUCAAGGGAUUUCCCUACCCUGGGUUUGAAAACUGAAUCAAGGAAUUUUAUUCCUGGCCUGGAAAAGAUAGAGAUUGUGAGCUGAGAGUUUCUGUGUGGCCUUCUCCUGCCUCCCAUCAUUGGAUCUUUGGAAUGACCUAAGACCACACACACACCUACCGAUGCCGCCCGCCACUAAGAUGAGUUUCAGGGAGGGAGGGUGCAGGACCCUGAUAUUCCUGUGGGAGGACAGCUAUAGAGGAGCUUAACCGUACCCUGUAUUGUGAGCCGUAAAAGGUUUCUGGAUACAGGGAUGUCUUCUCGCAGUUUGUAAGAUUUUCUGAUUUUAUGCCCUUUUUUUCCUGUUUGUAAGUCAGUCCUGCUUCCUCAAGGGUGGGUUGUAUUAGAUGUACUCUCCAAAGGUGGGAAAGUUCAAAUUGGAAAGGCACACUAAAGACUUACUGUGAUCCAUAUUUAUCCCUGUGCACAUCAGAAGCUGAUUGCAGUGUGGAGUAUAAUUCAGAGUAAGUGAUGGAGCGCAGAUCAGAUUCUCUUUCUGCCUCUGCCCCGUUUCUCUAUCCGCCCAGGAGACUUGGUGCUGGGAGCCCUGUGCUCCCUAUGGCAGGCUGCCUUCAUCUCCUGUGAAUGGCACACCUCUAGUACUGCAACCCCUUAAUCCCUGCUGUAAUCUCCUGGCUUUACGGUCAAGGGUCAACGAGCCCUGGUUAAAGAUAAAAGUUGGCUUUAUUUGUUACGUGUACAGAAUACUGAAACGCACAGUCAAAUACAUUAUUUGUAUCAUUGCUUGUGAUGUGCUAGGGGCAGCUCGCUGUGUCAGCAUGCUUCCUGCAUGUCCACAACCUACUAACCCUAACCCGUACAUCUUUGGACUGUGGGAGGAAACCAGAGCAUCCGGAGGAAACCCACACGGUCACAGGGAGAACGUACGAACUCCUUACAGACAGCGGCGGGAAUUGAACCCAGAGGAAACCCACAUGGUCACAGGGAGAACGUAGAAACUCCUUACAAACAGUGGUGGGAAUUGAACUCGGAGGAAACCCACACGGUCACAGGGAGAACGUACGAACUCCUUACAGACAGCGGCGGGAAUUGAACCCAGAGGAAACCCACAUGGUCACAGGGAGAACGCACAAACUCCUUACAGACAGCCGUGGGAAUUGAACCCGGAGGAAACCCACACGGUCACAGGGAGAACGUACAAACUCCUUACGGACAGCCGUGGGAAUUGAACCCGGAGGAAACCCACGUGGUCACAGGGAGAACGUACAAACUCCUUACAGACAGCCGUGGGAAUUGAACCCGGAGGAAACCCACGUGGUCACAGGGAGAACAUACAAACUCCUUACGGACAGCCGUGAGAAUUGAACCCGGAGGAAACCCACGUGGUCACAGGGAGAACAUACAAACUCCUUACAAACAGUGGUGGGAAUUGAACCCGGAGGAAACCCACGUGGUCACAGGGAGAACGUACAAACUCCUUACGGACAGCAGCAGGAAUUGAGCCCCGAGCUUCUGAUCGCUGGUGGUGUAAAGAAUCACGCUAACCACUACAUAGCUGUGUCGUUGUUAAAGGGACAAUUGACAGAACGGUCAGAUCCUUCACCACUAUCCACUCCCCCUCUUGACCAAGCAUCUAGCUUGACAGGUCAUUCCUGAUUCUCGUGAUGAACGAUGAUCAGUGGCAAAAGCAGUGCAGGUAUCCUGUCCUGGGUUGGGCCCAUCGGCUGCUGGGAGCCUGAUGUUCACCUGGGCCCUCUUCACCAUGGAGAAGAAGUGGCCCCCUUCCAGUCCAAGUGCCCGUCAGUUUGAGUCGUGUUAUUCACAUUGGUUGUAAACUUUGAAACUGUGUGUCACUGCCUUGUUGUGAAAUGUCGUUCUAUAAACAGAGGUUCUUAAAUGUGGUAAAGUUAUCUAAAUGUCUAAACCCAGAAAAGUUAUAUAUACACAGAUGAACAUAUAUAAAAUAUAUAUAUUGUAGAAGUGAAUUGUGCUUUCUCUACAGAGAUAUAAAAAAGCCAGUUAGUGCUUUAUACCCUGGACCACAAUUUGCACUACAUGCUAAGUUCCUGCCCUUUGUCAUAUUUAUGGCUUGGUUGGUUAAUGUUUGAUGGGAACCCAGAAUUGGAUUAUCUUACACCAGCAGCAGUGUCCAAAGUGUUUAUUUUUAAUAAAAGAAAAUUGACUGUAAGAUCUCUUGCUGAAGUCUCAAAUCUAACCAACCCUGGGGUUGGGAUUCACCUGCAGCAACACUGUGAGGGUUUCCUUUUGUUAGGUAAAGCAAGAGGUCAUGUUUAUGAUCCUAACAGAGAGCCAGCAAAUGUACAACGUUGAUGCAUCUGAGUGACCAGAAUCCAUGGUAGCAUGGCAUUCGGCCAGAGUCACCCCCACUGCCCGGCCAGUCUGGAUAACGAGGGUGAGCUGCCUGCCUCAGUAUUUCGAGUGAGGGUGAGGGAAUGAAGGCUGGAGCCUCAGCUCGACACAGUGGCCCAUUCCACAAGGCAAGCAGUGCCUUUGAGUUGGAAUAUUGACGCCCAGAACGUAGAGAGUACCAUGCAGCAAGUGGGAGCCUCUCUCUCCAUCCUGGGCAUCAGACUAGUGAGUCACCAGCAGUGCUCGAGUGAAAUGAAUCAGCCAAUGUGUGGCACUGAAAAGCAGUGUGACAGGUCCAUGUUGUCCUGCUGGGCCUUUUGCCACAAGCACUAGCAGUUCCAAACCUUCUUCUGCACAUGUCCAUGGUUAACAAGUUUCAGACUGGCUCACCAAUCAGAGCUCCAAUUACAAACCACAUUGAAGGGGUUUUGUUGAAAACAGUUCUUGCAGUUGUUUGAAGGUGGAGUAAUUUCAAGUGUUGAAUUAGCCCCUGGGUUGUGUGGAAAGGGUUUAAAUUCAUAGACAGAGGUUGGACUAACUUUAGUUGUCAUGUGCACAUCGAAACAUACAGAUAUAUAUUGUUUAUGUCAAUGGGUAACACAGUACGGGGGGGGCAGCCCGCAAAUGGCAAUGUGGUUCCAGCAACAACGUAGCAGCCCCACAACUUGCUAGCGCUCACCACACAUGCGGGAAGAAAUCCACGCCGUCACGAGGAGAACAUUCAGACUCCUUACAGCCAACUGCCGAUGUAAAAUGUUAGGCCAACCACCGGGAACCCGUGACAGCCCGUAGAGACACAAAAGCUCAAUCUCAACAGACGUUAUGAGAAGCGCAAGUCGACUGUGUUCCCCAGACACGGGUUAGUCCUGCCAGUGGCUGGCCUCUUCCAAUCACAGUAUUACGAGAGGAAUCAGCAGUUAGGCCAGCGAUGAGAACGCCAAGAAAAGAAAGUUGCUCAGUUUCAACAAUGAGAUUAAUGAACAUGAUGCAAGACGUUGAUUCUUUGUUCCAGUGUAGGGGCUGCGCUGUGGUCUGCUAACACUGCUCCAUACUUCAGUAUUUGCAGUUCUGGUAAAGCCCGAGACUACACUUCACUGCUCGUGUGAUUUCAGGUAAUUGAGUUAAGGAACACUGUCAAUUAAUCUUUGUGUGGUGCACAAGGGCAUUUGACUGCAGACAGUUCUGUUUAGUGCCUGGGUUCACUGCAGGCUUCUGAAAGUGGUUUACUAACAUGUGUUCAUAGACACAAGAGAUUCUGCAGAUGCUGGAAAUCCAGAGCAACACACAGAAAAUGCUGGAGGAACUCAGCAGGUCAGGCAGCAUCCAUGGAGAGGAAUAAAGAGCGGAUGUUCUGGGCUGAGACCCUUGCUUAAUGGUAUUGGUUGAUGCAUAAAGACAGUUGGGAACUCCGGCACCAAUGCUAUUUUAGUCUCCGUAUGUCCCCCAUCAACUCAGCAAGGCAGCGUCCAUCACUAAAGACCCUCACUAUCCGGGACAUGCCCUCUUCUUCUUAGAAUCUUUAGAGAGGAGUUACAGGAGCCUGAAGACCCACACUCAGCUCGAGAUUCACGAACAGCUCCUUCACCUCCACCACCAGAUUUCUGAGUGGUUAUUCCUUUGUUCGCACUACUUAGUUAUUUUGUAAUUUAUAGUAAUGUUUGGUCUUUUGCCUUUCCACUACUACAAAACAACAAAUUUCACAUCACAUGCGACAGCGACAGAAAACCUGAUUCAUAUUCCGCCUCUCACCUAUACACUAGAGCAGGGGUUCCCCACCUUUUUUAUGCCAUGGAUCCCUACCAUUAACCGAGGGCUGUGUGGACCCCAGGUUACUGCACUAGAGGCAACUUAGUGCCUGGUUAAUAUACCAACCAAGCAUUGGGAGCUUUGUAGUCCAAAGGAGGACACUCUGAGGAGCAUCAUUGGUACCAAACUUCUGGAUGUUGGAGUGUGCUCAUUUAAAGAAAACUUACAUUCCAUUCAAAAUUGGAAGUAAAUAUAUUAUCAAGUCUGUGUAGGUCACCAUAAAUUACCCGGAGAUUAAUUUUCUUGCACGCAUUCAUAGUAGAAAAGUACAAUAGAAUCAAUGAAAAAGAGCUACAAAGUGACAACCAACCGAUGUGCAAAAGAAGACAAACUGCAAAUACAACUGAGAACAUGAGUUGUAGAGUGGUUGAAAGUGAGAAUUGGAUGUGGAAUCGGUUCAGAGUUGUGGUGAGUGAAAUUAUCCAUUCUGUGGCUUCUUCCCUUUCCAGUAACAUUAUUGAGUGUCAGUGUCUUUAGUCCUCCUUUCUCACACCUCCAAUCCCAGUCCAAGUAGAAAGAAACCAGUAUCCACUCUUUACUUCCCCGAUCCCAAUGCACUUUAUUUCAAAGAACGGGUUCCCAGCCUUUCUAUGCCAUAGACCCCUACCAUUAACUGUGAGGGGUCCAUGGACCCCAGCCUUAGAAGGAAAAGCAAAUAACGCUUUGGUGGAUUUAUGAAGAGCUUGUCUGCAGAAUCUCCUCAUGCAGUGAAGUGCAGUUUUGGACCCCUUACCGCUCCGUGGUGUAUAUCUUGACAUGGUGCCAUGGUUCAGUUUUCUGCCCCGUGAGCCUCUUGCUGAAGCCUAUGUUGUAACUUUAUAGUAAAAUAUAUAUUUUAUCAUUAAAUUUCUUUUCUAAGACUUGAGAGCAUAUCCUGUUUAGCAGUCAAAUGGGUAAAAUUAUAUGAUUUAAAAAGAGAUAUAUAAAUAUAUAUGAAUUCUAUGGUGAGUGUAUUUUAAAUAUGAGAUAUAUCUAUAAAUAAAUAAAUG